CUUGAUUUUUCGGCAACGUGAUUGGCUGGAAUUUUUACGCUGCGGGAUUCUUGAAAAACAUUUUUCCCUCUGACGAAAGAAGCCUGAAACGUUGUUUCAUUGAAGAUUAUACUGAAUUUUGAAAAGUUUGGUUGUUGUUUGAAUCUACAAAAUUGCAGUUUGGUCUGUGUCUUCUAGGUGUAAGUUGGCAGCAUGACAUCUCAACUUGUGCAAGCGUAUGUUGACAAGGAAAACACCACCAGCCUGGCCACCAGUACCGGCAAGGGGCGGCUUGGCUCUCUGGCUGGUAGACAAGCAACAGCUGCCAAGACAUUCAGCGUGGGGCCCUCUCCCCUUGCCACACCCCGCCGUGCUCUGGGCAACCUGAGCAACGAUGUGACGCGCCUGACAGGCGGCCUUGGCAACAGUCAGAAGAAGCCGUUCAAGUCGGCCGGCGGGACUUGGGUCUUCAAGAAGCCGCUAGGGUCACAGUCCAAGACACCGGGACUGUCAAUGAGAAAGCCCAGCGUACUCACACCGUCCAAUCAGAUUUCAGCGCCGAAACCCAAGAUAAGACCCCAGAUAAUGGCCAUGUCGUCUAGCCUGGUCAGACCAGCAGACAGCUAUCCUGAAAUAGAAACAAUGCACAUAUACCAAGACAAAGAUCCCGAGUUUGAGUCACUACCCUCAGAAGAUUGUCUGAGUAUGUACCUAGACAGACUGUCCUCCCUCAGGGUACCCCCAGUGCCACGCCCACAGACAAGGGCACCCCAGGGUUGCCCUACUGACUACUCACACAUGCAGCUGGAGACCACUAACAGAUUGUCAGAGACCAGCACGACAGAAUCAGUGAGCAACCUGGACACGGACACCCCUCUAAGCCUCAACUCCUGCCUGGACUUGCCCCCGCUGGACUCAGUGGACUUCAUGGACAUCAACAACAUCAAACUGUGGGACACGCAGGACAACAGUUAAACAAAACUUGUCAGGGUGGUCCAAGUAAGCGAUUAAUUAUAAACAAAAUUUGCUAGUCGGGCUCGGCUAAAUGAGUUUCUGCAGUGGUGGUUGAAUUCUCCCCUUUUUGGCUGUGACAUUCAAGGCCAAAACUUCUAUUAGGCCAUCGGCCUCGGUCCAAAAUUUGGCCACCGGUAUCAAAUGAGGGGAAUAAUCGUCUUAGCCAUUUUUGGCAAGGUAUACACCUCCAGAGUUGGAAAAUAUGUGAUAGCAUUGCAGAGGUGGCAGCUUUUUGGGUGUUAUCACCCUUUUUUUCAAAAUGUCCAUCAAAAUGCUUGUUACCACUCUAGGGGCGGUAUACCUUGUGCAUGCGCACUAUAAUCAUUUAUGCCCUGAUUUGAUACUGACCAAACCCCAGGCUGAUGGUCUAUAUAGAGGGCGCCAAACUGUGAUUUAUUUUUCAAUAGAGGGCGCCAAACUGUAAAAUAUUCCUGCUUCAUGGCACUGGUCCGUAAAUGCAGUGGUCCAAAAACACCCAAAUAUUUUCAUUGGCAUUUUCAAUUUGAGAAAACUCAUUAUUGGCAAAGUGUGCUUUUUUUUCAUCCUUUUAUUUUUCAAGCUCAGUGUGGAGAGAUUUGUCGAUUGUGCUCUAUCUGAUAAACUUAAAAUAAAAGUUUUUUCAUAUAACAGAUUUGUUUUAUUACUCUGAGCAAAAAGUUGGGAAGAAUAUAGUACAUCAAAGCACAACAGAAGACGUAAAAUCAUUAUCAUAAUCGUACAUACAGCGAAGGGUUCAAGUUAUAAAAAGGAUUCCAGUGGGUUUUUGUUAAUUUACUGUAAAUUGGAUUUCAUCAAAUUAAAUUUAAAGGUACUGUCGAAACGCUAAGUUGUUUAAUACUCGAACCUUGGCAAAAUCAUGUUUGACUAUGCUUAAUUUACCUUCUUUAAUUUUGUUCUUUUCUUUUAAAAUUUACUUUUUCCUUUGUCUUUUCGCUUGAGUUUAUGUUUUUGUUGAAGCUUUGUAAAUUAUUGUUUCCACGUUAUGUCAUUUUGUUGGUGAUUUUUUUUCAUCUUAGUUUAUUUUUGUUGUUGAAGCUUUGUAAAUAAAUAUUUCGAUGUUUUUGUAAAGAAUG